CCCAAAGCAGCAAUAGGACCGGGGCCGGGGGAUGUUCUGGACAGCCAAAGAUGACAAACCCGAUUCCCAUCGAUCGACCCGCCGUUUUGAAGGAUGAUGACAUCGUCCUAUUCUUUUUUUCCUCUUCUGCUGCUUCUGAUCACUGAAGUAAGUUAGUAAGUCGGUAAGUCAGUCAGUCAGUAACUCGGAGUAGGGUCUCUCCACUAAGGUAGUCUCCAUUCGGAUUUCGGAAACGUGGACCCCCGAUAGAGACGUGUGGUCCAGACAAAUGAACUGAACAUCCGAGAAGUAAUUCUCUGGACUGUUGGUACAGAAAACAACCCGAACGGUUGAAAAGGUGUUUCCCCAUGCGCCGCCCAUUGAUCGCGUCCAUCGCAUAUAAACCAUCGACCACACCACGGUUAAUCCUUCCCUCGUUCUCCGCGCAAUCCUGCAUUCCGCUUCCUUCCCCGCUCCGCAACAGCUCCUGUUUCUUUGCGAUUACUACUACUGCUCGUCCUCGUCCUCGUCCAUCGCGACAACCACAACAACUAUACUUCACCCUCUCACCAACCCACCAUCUGCGACUCAGUUCAUCCUCCGCAGCAAACAUGUCUUCCGCUACCACUUUCUACGACUUCGAGCCCGUCGAUAAAAAGGGCAACCCCUUCCCCCUCACCGACGUGAAGGGCAAAGUCGUCCUCGUGGUCAACACCGCCUCGAAGUGCGGCUUCACCCCGCAGUUCAAGGGGUUGGAGACUCUCUACCAGGAGCUCAAGGCCCAGUACCCAGAGGACUUCACCAUCCUGGGCUUCCCUUGCAACCAGUUCGGCAGCCAGGACCCCGGGUCCAACGACGAGAUCCAGUCCUUCUGCCAGCUCAACUACGGCGUCACCUUCCCCGUGCUGGGCAAGCUCGACGUCAACGGCGACAAGGCCCACCCCGUGUGGACCUGGAUGAAGCAGGAGCAGCCGGGCCUGCUGGGCAUGAAGCGCAUCAAGUGGAACUUUGAGAAGUUCCUGAUCUCCGCCGACGGCAAGGUGGUCGGCCGCUGGGCCAGUCUGACCAAGCCCGAGUCUCUGAAGGAGCCGAUCGUCCAGGAGAUCGAGAAGGCGCGGAAGGAGGGCAAGCUGGCCUCCCAGACUAAGGGUGCUGCUGCUGCUGAGGAAGCUCCUACUGCUACGGCGGCGGCUGCCGCGCCGACUCCUGCUGAGGGUGCUGAGGCCAACCUCUAAACAGAAUAAAUCCGAUUACGUUGGGAGAGUCUAAUUCGGGUUCGUGGGAAGUUGCGUGGGUCGUUUCAAGUGUGAUACCAUUUCCUUAUUUGUUGUUUCGUUUCUUCUAGGUGGUGGCCUUUAUGAAUACAAUGCUCGUUUUGAUUCUGACGAGCUGCCUUGUUCCGUGUAUUGAUUAAUAUGAACCAGAACGGAAUACCCAUCAAGGUCGUUGAGAUCCGCCCAACGCAG